AUGACGUUGUCAGUGCUUUUCGUACUUCGCAUCCGACGUGGAAUCAAAAGUGGACACAUAGAGAAAAAAGAAUACAAACUUCAGCCAAGAAAGCCACAACGCGUACCAUCGUAUUUCAUUGCGUCUUUGAAAUCUGCUUGCGCUAGAUCGUGUAUUAUUGAAAACAUUUCCCGUUAAAGUAACGAAAUGGAUCAAUUGACGAAAUUCUACGAACCCGGCCGCUCGUUCGCCAAGGACUCGAUCCGGCUGAUCAAGCGCUGCACCAAGCCCGACCGCCGGGAGUUUCAGAAGAUCGCCAUUGCCACUGCCAUCGGAUUCUGCAUCAUGGGAUUCAUUGGUUUCUUCGUGAAACUGAUACAUAUCCCGAUCAACAACAUCAUCGUCGGAUCAUAAGCUGGGAGUGUUAUCUGUGUGUGUUUGCGUUCCCUUUUUUUCCUGUUCACGCGUCAUUUAUCCUGCGAGUAGAAGAGAUGAUCAUCCUCCUAAACAUUCAUGGACUGAAAACCAACGUUUCCCUAUUCCGUACCCGUUACGUUCUGCAACUUUCUCCGGCGGCUCCUAGCUUAUCCACGAUCCCACUAAAAUAAUCUGGCACGAAGAUGAAGUUUGGCGAUAUGUGCCGAAACUCCAUCGUGGCACUCUGGCAGCUGUGGGCUGUAGUUGCACCGUGCACCAUCAGUGCACCUGUGCUAUCCGGUUAGGUUGACGGCGUUUCGGAACCCGUUCCCAAUACCGCUCGUCUAUAUGAUAGUGAAAUAAUCCCGUUUUCGUGCGUUACAUAUUAGAAGUAAUCAUUCUUGUGACCCGUUGCCUACUGUAGCGCGUGUUGCGUAUAUUUUGUGAAAACGAAUAAAUAAUUUAUUGUUUCACUCAAGUAA